CUUGGGAUUCGGGGUUUAGGAAGUGGCGAUGGCUGGUUAGGAAAUUAGGGUCGCCUCCGUCCUGCUCUGCAAGUUCCGAGGCGGUCGGAACUGGGCCAAGAGCAGGACGCCUGGGCUCUGUGGGCCCCCCACCCCGACGCAGCCUUUCUGAUGCGCCCCUUUUGGGGGUGGCGGAAGGUCGCGGUGCGGGGGAAGAGCGCUUGCUCUGCAGUCGGGGUCGGAGAGGUCUCCCUGUGUCACCCCGGGCAGCUCACCCCGUGUCUCGCGUGGAUUCCCCGGGCCUGGGCGGGGCCCAUUCUGAAGGAGCUUCCCAAACAGGGGGACAGAUGGGCGCUGGUCUUAAAGCUCUGAUCUGUUGGGCCUUGCGGAGGGCAAGGGAGGCCACAGUAGUGUUGGGCUUUGGGGGGGGCUAGCUCGGACUGAGACCGAGGAGAGAAAGGGACUAAACGUACAGUGCGAUUCAGGAAAUGUUUGUGCAACCAAUAACCGGUGCGAGACACAGCCUCUGGGCUGUCCUUAAUGGUGGAUAGAACACUGGACUUUCAAUCAGGGUUCUGGAUAUGGAAAAGACUGACACCAUUGAUUUUAAGGCUCUGGAGAAGGAGUUACAAGCUGCAGUAGCUGCUGAUGAGAAAUAUCAGAGAGAGAAUGCUGCCAAGUUCCGGGCCGUGGAACAGAAAGUGGCUUCCUAUGAAGAGUUCAGGGACAUUGUCCUUGCAUCACACCUGAAGCCUUUGGAGCGGAAGGACAAAAUGAAUAUCAAGAAGACAGUGCCUUGGAACUCUCUUGUGACAAGUACCACUGCCCAAAAAGGCAUCACUCAUGAGGAGAGCACUGAUAUUUCCCAGAAGGGAGAUUGUCAGCCUGAGACAUCAACAGAUUUCUACAGGACAUGGCGUCGCUGCCUGCAGAGUGGACCAGAGCGCUACCAGGCCCUGCUGCGGCUUGGGGGCCCCAGCCUGGGCCACCUUUUCCGGGCAGAUGUGGGGUUUGGACUUCUGGGCGAGCUGCUGGUGACACUGGCAGAGAAUUUUAAGCCAGCGGACUGUGCUGCUGUGCUGAGAAUCCUUCUUAGCCUGUCCAGGACUGGCCGUUUUGGCCUCAACUUGAACCUGCUGAGCAGUCCUGAGAGGGAGAGCUGCCAAAAAUUAUUUCAGAAACUCCAAGGUUCGGAUGUGACCAGGCCCACAGAGGAAGAACUGAGUCAUAGUGAGCAAGAGCUGCUGAGGCCGUACAGCAGGAAAGAUGGGCAUGAGAAACUCCUCCAGGAGCUCGCAGAGCUGUACCAAAUUGGCUAGGGGUGUUCUCUUUCUCAGGCUACAGGGCAAACCCACCUCGAUAGUGGGGGUUUGUUUUUUCCAGACAGCCCUUAAUAAUGCUGGCCAUCUUGCUGUCUGAUCCCAAAGUUUUCCUCUUCAUCUUGUCACUUCACAACUGUGACAAAAGGUUGUUUCAUCCAUCCUACCUUUAAGUAGCUCUGUUUAAGCUAUAUGACUCCAAACAGCCAAAGGCUCCUAUGGAAACAUUAGAAAAUCACAAAAAAUUUGGCUUCUCAUCCUUGAAACCUAUUAAAAAUGGCACUGUGGCCUGAAGAUUAAAAUCCUCCAUCCUAAUCCUAACCACCGAUUCAUGCAAACAGAGUUUUAAAAUCUAUGAUUAUAUUCAUUAAUGUCUACAAGGAUUCACUCCAUGCCAAUAAAGAUAUUUUAUUGAUA